AUGGGCUAUCUUGUGCUUGCGGUCGCCGCGGCCGUGACUUAUGGCGUCGUGGUUUGCGUCUAUCGUCUCUAUUUUAGCCCGCUGGCCAAGUUUCCAGGACCCAAGAUUGCUGCUGUCACUUCAUGGUACAACGGCUAUCAUGACCUCGUUAGCGGUGGUCAAUACAUCUGGGUCAUCGAGGAGAUGCACCGCAAGUAUGGCCCAAUUGUACGAACCCGCCCGGAUACGAUUCACGUCAACGACCCAGCCUUCAUAGAGAAGCUCUACUCGCAAUCGCCCAAGCACCGACGGGAACGACACAGUACCAUUCUGGGGACGAUGCAGGCCGAUGGUUCUAUCCUGGCAACCAAGGACCACGACCUCCAUCGUCGACGUCGCGCUGUUCUCAAUCCAUUCUUUUCGAGCCAGAAUGUAAGACGUCUGUCUCCGGUCAUCAAUGGCAUCCUGUUCAAUCUUUUACGUCGAAUGGAAGGCUGGGCUAAAGCCGGGCAGCCUGUUAAGCUGAACAGCGCAUACAGAGCUGCUACUAAAGACGUCAUCCAAGCUUAUGCUCUCGGAGAUGGAGAGAUGUGUCUUGACAUGGAAGACUGUAACGCAGCCUUCUUCGACGUCUUCACCCCGCAACGGGUCUGCCAUUUGGGCACUCAUGCGUUCUGGUUGGCGUACCUAAUGGCAAAUCUGCCUCCUGUGAUUAUGACUACCCUUCUCCCUCGAGUUGGCGUGUUUGCGACAUUCAUGAUUAAUCUGAAUGCAGAGAUCGAUCAGAUUAAGCAAACCGACAAGCUGCCAGAGGGCAAGACAAUCUUCCACGAGAUUCUUCGCAGCGACAUCCCUAGUUCUGAAAAGGAGACCUUACGUCUUGCGGACGAGGCCAUGGUCUUGGUCAUUGCCGGGUCAGAGACAACAGCUUCUACCUUGGCUGCCAUCACGUACCAUUUGCUCGCUGACCCGAGUCUCAUGACACGACUGAGAGUUGAACUUGAAAGAGUUAUGCCUGACGUCAACGAAAUCCCGGAUCCUUCCACCCUGAAUGGGCUACCGUUUCUCAACGCCUUGAUCCAAGAAGCUAUUCGUCUCUAUCCUGGCGCCUCCCACCGCCAAGAUCGAGUUGCCCCCGACGAAGAUCUCGUCUACCAGCGCCCGGACGGCCAAACCUUUGUUAUACCUGCUGGGACAGGCGUCGGAAUGACGGCACCGCUGGUCAACCGCAAUCCCGAUCUUUACCCCAAUCCACUGGAAUUCCGCCCUGACCGGUACCUCGAGAACCCUGGUCUCGCCGCCUACCAGUUUGCCUUUUCCAAGGGAACCCGACAGUGUAUCGGUAUCAACUUGGCAUAUCAAGAACUACAGACGUUUGUCGCUGGCAUAUUUCGCAAAUACGACGUGUAUGUUGCGUCAAAGGAUAAGCAGAGCGGUCCGACGAUGGAGCUGUAUAAGACGAAGGAGGAGGAUGUGGCCAUUUACUCGGAUUACGUGACAUUUGGUCAGUACCCGGGCAGCCAAGGAUUGAGGGUUAUCAUUCGGGAGUAA